AACAUCUGGCAUAUCUGUGAUCAGUAUACAUUUAAGCGCCGGUUUAUCUGUGCAAUUAUGAAUAGUGACUCUGAUGUUCCAAAUUCCAAUAUGGAUAUUCUGAGAAUUAUUACUCCCGAAGAACUAGAACAGCUGAGGAAUAUUUAUAAGGAGCAUUACCCAGAUGAAGUUCAAUUUUACUUUCUCAUCCAAAAUGUGCUAUCUUGGAAAGAUAGCUUGGAGAAAAUGAGUGAUGCUGAGAAAGCAGAUUUAUCUGUGAGGGCAAACAUAAAAUUCUAUACCCCAAGAGGUGGAAAUCCAGCAAAAACUGGUACAUUUGUUGCAAUAACGGAUGAUGAAGAUCCGAAUGUGUAUUUCCAUACUUUACAAGAAGAUUCUGAGCAUUUAAACAAAUAUUUAUCUGAAACAAAACGUAUCAACUGGUCGAGUAAUCCAGUUUUCUCUUGUAUUAGUGAUAAUCAUGCUGAAUUACUUAGAGAUCUAUCAACUCAAUUCAAUUGCGAGUAUGAGCUCUUAUCAGAUUGUUCGUAUUAUUUGAUAACGAAACAAGAAGCGGUUAAUUUCCAAUACAAAGUUCCUGAAGAUAUUAUUAUGAAAAAUCUUGAUCCUAUACAUGCCACAUUGAUGAACGAACGAUGGCCUCAUCGAUAUCCUGGUUCAGAAAAAUACAUUGCACUAUUAAUUCACUUGAAUGGAGGCAUUGGAUUGUUCACCCAAACUGAUGAGCUGGUUGCAUGGGUUUUAAUGAAUGAAUUUGCGGGAAUCGGCCAUCUUCAGGUUAUGCCCAGUUACCGUCGUCGAGGAUUUGGCGAAUUGUUGGCUAAGGCAAUGUCGAAGCAAAUUGCUACAGAGAAUGACAGCGAUGUAAAUGCUUUUAUAGUAGAUAAAAACAUCAACUCGAUAAACUUGUUUUAUAAGCUCGGCUACAAGAAAAUAGCCGGUUCAAAUUGGGUUCGCGCACGAAAAAAUGAAGGAUCAUAAUCUAUUCCGCUAAUCUGGAAAUUUUGAGUAGCAAAGUCACCGUAGACGAAACAAUAAAUGCUAUGUGUUAUCAAUACACAAAUCUUUAAAACAUUCAUCUGUAAAGUCGGGUACACCAGUGUUCAGAUAAUCUGAAAGCCAUGGCCAAAAUAAAAAAGCGAGAUCCUACCACUCAUUGACAAAUUUCAGGAAGGCCUAUAGAAUUACUAUGGAACUCGCAUUCGUGGAUAAUCCGCUUGCGUAUGUUGAAUCAUACAGAGUUGAGCAAAUCUAAAUCCUUUUAUAUAAUAUAUAAAUAUUCUAUUCAACACAAAUGUAUUCUCCAUUCCCAGUUGUGUAGCACAAAUUUUCUUAGAUUAAUAUUUUGUUGUAUGUAUGUAUAAUGAAUAAAAGAAAGUUAUCAAAACCUUUUGUG